AUGCCUACUCACGCGUUCAAUCAAGGCGCCCCAUAUAGCGAGACAAAACAAAAUCAGUCCGAACCUAAUUUUCUUUCUUUCUGCGAAUUUCCCACCAUUUUCCGUCUUUCUUUUGUUUCUUAUUCUAUUUCAGUAUUGUCAUUUUCUUUCUUUCUUUCUUUCUUUCUUUCUUUCUUUCUUUCUUUACAUUUUUUUCUUUUCUCCUUGCCAAAAAGUUUUCUUCAUUUUCCAAUUUUGUCUUUCUUCGUUGAUUUCUUUCUUCAUUUUUUUAUUUUCAUCCAUUUUGGGCAUUUAACCUUUUCUUUAUUCCUUCCGUUCUUUCUUAUUUCCUUCCUUCCUUCCUUCUUUUCUUUCUUUAUGUUUUUGUUUUCUUUUAUCCUUGCUAAAAAGUUUUCUUUAUUUUCCAAUUUUGUCUUUCUUUCUUUCUUUCUUUCUUUCUUUCUUUCUUUCUUUCUUUCUUUCUUUCUUCAUUUUUCUAUCUUCAUCUAUUUUAGGCAUUUAAAUUUUCUUCAUUUUCUUUCUUUCUUUCUUUACAUUUUUGGUUUUCUUUUUUCGUUGCCAAAGAGUUUUCUUCAUUUUCCAUUUUUAUCUUUCUGCCUUGAUUUCUUUCUUCAUUUAUUUAUUUUCAUCUAUUUUAGGUAUUUGUUCAUUCUUUCUUCCUUUUUCUUUCUUUCUUUCUUUCUUUCUUUCUUUCUUUCUUUUCAUUUUUUGAUUUCUUUUCUCCAUGCCAAAAAAAUUUUCUUCAUUUUCUUUUUUUCUUUCUUUCUUUCUUUACAAUUGUUUUCUUUUCUUCAUUUCUACAUUUGUAUCUUUCUUUCCUAUUUUCCUUCUUCAUCUUUUAAUCUUAAACUAUUUUCGAUAUUUGUUGUUUUCUUUCGUUCUUUCUUUUCCAUUGCAUUUAUUUAUGGUAUAUUCCCCCCCCUUAAAUUUUUUUCCUCCUAUUUCUCUUCUUUCAUUCAUUCAUUCAUUCAUACUUUCUUUCUUUCUUUCUUAAUUUUUUUGUCUUCAUUACAUAUUUUAUUCAUAAUAUCUUUCUUUUUCCUUCCCUUCUUACUUUCUUUCUUUUCUUCUUUUUCCUCAUUGCAUAUUAAUUAUGAUAUCUGUUUGGUGUUCGUCUCUUUUUUCUCUUCUUUUCCUUCUUUUUUUCCUUUUUUGUUCUUUCUUGUCUUCAUUUCAUCGAUGAAAUGA